GGCUAAGCUUUCUUGUUCACUCAUCAACCUCACGCCAGAAAUGAAGUCAAUAAUCACAGGCAUAGCACGCCUAUUCCUGCUUACAACCAUCACCGCUGCAACCACUUCUGUGCAGCAUAACUACGACCUGGUCGACCCACUCAUAGGCUCAUACAAUGGCGGCAACGUCUUCGCCGGAGCCACUCUGCCCUUCGGCAUGGCCAAGUCCGUCGCAGAUGUUUCUGGCCAAAAUACUGCAGGCUUUAGCUACGACGGGUCCAACGUGACGGGUUUCUCAGCUCUGCAUGAUUCUGGCACUGGCGGACAACCUAGCAUGGGCAACUUUCCAUUGUCGGUGCAGUACUGCGACGAUGACCAAAUUGCCUGCAAAUAUGGAGCCAAGAUCGAUCGAGCAGUAGAUGUGGUCAAUGGAAGUGUUCGAGCGCAGCCUGGAUACUUUACGCUGAAGCUUGCCAACGGCAUGGUCAUGGAAACGACGACGACUGAACAUACUGCCCUUUACCGUUUUUCUGCUGCGAGCGACCAGCCUGGUCCUCUGGUUUUGUUAGAUCUGACAGAUCUGCAAGACAGCAGACAGAAUGCUUCUGUCAGCGUUGAUCCAGAUACUGGCCGUAUAACGGGAAAUGGAACUUUCCUCCCUAGCUUUGGCGUUGGUUCUUACCAGGCUUAUUUCUGCGUCGACUUCCAAGUUGCUGAUAUCCAGGACACGGGCAUUUGGGUCAACGAUCGCGCAGGCAGUGAGCAGAAAGAGCUGUUUGUAAAUCGUGGGUACAGUUUGUUUUACAUCCAGGCUGGUGCUUUCGUUCGCUUCAAUGCUCCGCAGAGUGGCAAUCUCACAGCUCGAAUGGGCUUAAGCUUCAUGAGCACAAGGCAGGCAUGUGAUAAUGCAGAAAACGAAGUUCCAGAUUUCGAUUUCAAUCGAGUACGGGAAGCUGCUACAGAUGCUUGGAAGUCCAAAUUUACUGGCGUUACCAUUGAACCUGGAGGUGCGUCUGCGUCGCUUCAGAAGACCUUCUUCACUGGGAUUUAUCGCACAAUGAUCUCCCCUCAGAACUAUACAGGAGAGAAUCCGCUAUGGCAGAGUAGUGAACCAUACUUCGACAGCUUUUACUGCAUAUGGGAUUCGUUUCGAACUGCAUUCCCUUUCCUCGCUAUCUAUCAACCAGAUGUAUUAUCACAGCUCACCCGAAGCCUGCUAGACACUUACGUUCAUCUUGGCUGGCUUCCAGACUGCCGCAUGCAGCUCUGCAAAGGCUACUCCCAAGGUGGGAGCAACGCGGACGUAGUAAUUGGAGACGCCUAUAUCAAGAACAUCAGCGGUAUCGACUGGAAUUUGGCCUACAAAGCAAUCGUCAACGAUGCUGAGAACGAACCAUUUGACUGGGGCGUGAACGGUCGCGGUGGACUCGUCAGCUGGAAACAGUACGGUUACAUUCCCUUCCAAGACUACGACUACCUUGGCUUCGGUCCAUCUUUUCACAGCGUCAGCCGUACACUAGAAUACGCUUACGACGAUUUUGCGAUUGCCCAAGUCGCUGGUGGUCUUGGUCACGACACUGAUUACGAGAAAUACUUGCAGCGCAGCGCGAACUGGCAGAAUCUUUUCAAAGCAGAUCAAGCUUCUUUCUGGCCCAACGGGACAGAUACUGGCUUUGUUGGAUUCCUCCAACCACGUUUCGCAAACGGGACCUGGCGCUUCCAGGAUCCUAUGGAGUGCUCUCCUCUCGAUUCGAAAUUCUGCAGCUAUUCCAGUAAUCCUCGCGAAACGUUCGAAUCUGCUAUCUGGGAAUAUGUGUUCUACGUCCCACAAGAUCAAGCGGGACUGAUUCGUGCUGUCGGAGGCAAAGACGAUUUCGUUCGCAGGCUGGAUUACCUCCACGAAACCGGCCUCCUCGACAUCGGCAACGAGCCAAGCGAGCUCACUUGCUUCCAGUACCACUAUGCUGGCAGACCAGGACUUUCUGCGAAGAGAUUACACACCUACAUCCCGAGCUCGUUCAAUUCUUCCAUCAACGGACUGCCUGGAAACGAUGACAGUGGGGCGCAAGGUUCUUUUCUCGCGUUCGCGAUGUCUGGAUUGUUUCCCGUUGCGGGUCAGAACGUCUAUUUGAUCACCCCGCCGUUUUUUGAAAGUGUUAGUUGGACUUCACCUGUGACGGGGAAGAUUGCGACGAUUAGGAAUGUUAAUUUUGACGUGGAGUACGAGAAUAUUUAUAUUCAGAGUGCGAAACUUGAUGGGGAGGAGUAUACAAGAAGUUGGAUCGGGCACGAGUUCUUCUUGGAAGGUGGUGUGCUGGAGUUGACGCUGGGUAGUGAGGAAAGUGAUUGGGGAACAAGAGAGGAGGAUUUACCGCCAAGUGCUUCGAGUGGUGGGCGAUGAAGAAUGGCCAAAGGCAGGACGUGUCAUUCAGCGUUCUAUCGAA